AAAUAAUAGUACUUCAAAUGAGUCAACUGAAACAGUAGCAACUUCCAGUAGCCAAGAGACACAGAACUCAGCUUCAGACCUAGAAACACGAAUGAGAACAUACAUAGACAUAGCGAUUCAGGCAUUAACAGCAUCAUUAUUAGAAGAAAAUAUAGAGACUACACAAGGUAAUUAUCCUCCAACACCUACAAUGAACAACUUAAUACUACAAUUAAAUUCAAAAAAUCAAGGUAGAAAAGUAGUAAAUGAUAGCGAGGAAACAAGUUAUAAAACAACCAACAGAAAGUUCCCAUCAUUAACCUAUAUAUCUAAAGAAAAGAUGUAUGCAAUUCAAGGUUUUUAUAAUCAAACAGCUAUAGAGACAGAGCAGAUACGACUAUGGUGGGUAAUGAACUGGUCAGAAGGGCAAAAAAGAAUAGAAAUGCUUCCAAAGAAACCAAACUUACCUAACAAGACAUGGAAAGCUAUAGCAUUAGGCAUGUUUGUUGACUUACAAGAGUUUGUACAUAAAAACCUAGUCAACAAUGUCAAACAAAUGAAUGAAGAUUCAACAUUACAAACAUUAGAUGGAGGCAUCUUAACUAUCAAAAAACGAAGACAGAAUGCCACAUUUGAAAAUAUAUUAGAGUGGCUUCUUGCAUUUAAAGCAUAUAUAGAUGCAGUGCUUAUAAUUUAUGACAAUCAGGAAUUAGAACUGAACACAUAUCGAGAUCACAUAAAUGAGCUAUGUAUAAGAUAUAGAUUCUCAGCUGUAAUGAGCUAUGAUGAAGAUCGUAGAAUAGCAUUAGUAAUAAAUUGUGAUACAACUUUAAUGGACCGAGAUACAGAAGCUGAAGGAAAGAAUUUUGAUGCAGCAGCUACAAAAAGAGCUAGAGAUGAGAAAUAUGCCUUAAUUGGAAUAGAAGAAUAUGUACAGAAGACAAAAACUGUAGCAGGGUUCAUGCCUGCAUUACAUGCAAAAAACUAG